CCUUCCUCUGCAAAAUCUCUCCCUCUCUCUCUCUCUCUCUCUCUCUCUCUCUCUCAUGGUACUAGAAGGAACUCGGAUUCUCUAACAAGUUGAAUUUAAAGAGUUUAAUAUCUUUGUGUUCCGAAUUAGUGUUCAUAUGGAUUCUAGAGUUUUGACAGCUUCAGGAAGUUUAACUUACGCAAGAUUUCAUAGAAAAUUUUUCUUCUCUAUAAUACCAAUCUCCAAAUCAAACCCCUUUUGUCUUCUAUCUCCGAAAACCCAUCUCAAGAGGAAUUGUAAAAGUACUACUUGUACGGAAAAACAGAGCAGAAGAAUAUGUACAGUCGUUAUGGAGAAGAAAACAGAGGAUUUCAUGGGAGUUUCCGAAGACAUGACUCCAAGAACCUCGGAUGAUUUUAUAAUUCCAAGGACGGAACAGAGAUUGGCAAGGAAGAGAAAAGAAAGAAACGCCUAUCUUGUCGCCGCAAUUAUGUCCAGUCUUGGAGUUUCUUCGGCCGCCAUUAUGGCCGUUUAUUACAGAUUCUCUUGGCAAAUGCAGGGUGGUGAAUUCCCUCUUGCUGAAAUGUUCGGUACAUUUUUCCUUGCUGUUGGCUCCGCGGUGGGGAUGGAAUUCUGGGCAAGGUGGGCCCACAAAGCGCUUUGGCACGCUUCGUUGUGGUACAUGCACGAGUCCCACCACCGGCCUAGAGAUGGUCCCUUUGAACUUAAUGAUGUGUUCGCCAUUAUGAACGCCGUGCCCGCCAUCGCACUUAUGUCUUACGGUUUUUUUAAUCCCGACCUUCUCGCAGGUCUCUGUUUUGGCGCUGGAUUAGGAAUCACAAUGUUUGGAAUGGCCUAUAUGUUUGUCCAUGACGGACUCGUCCACCGUCGUUUUCCAGUUGGCCCUAUUGCAAAUGUUCCUUAUUUAAGAAAAGUUGCUGCAGCCCACCAACUACAUCACUCGGACAAAUUUCAAGGAGUGCCAUAUGGGUUGUUCUUGGGGCCAAAGGUAAAAGUCUACCUAAUUCAAUAUAUUUUCUUCCCGCUCAAGUCUACUUAAUUCCAUUUAUUAUAUAACAUCAAUGUCCUUUUC